AUGCCUCGGCCCGGCCACCUCCUGACCACACUGGCCCUGCUUUCUGGGGCCCUGGGCUGGACCUGGCUUCCCAACCACUGCUGGAGCCCCCAGGAGGCCUCGUGUAACUUCAUGUGUGACUGCUUGGACUGUUCCGACGAGCUGCAGUGCGGUUACCACGGGACCUCUCCUGCCCUGGGCGCCCCCCUCACCUGUGACUUCGAGCAGGACUCCUGUGGCUGGCAGGACAUCAGCACCUCUGGCUACCGCUGGCUUCGGGACCGGGCAGGCGCCUCCCUGAAGGGGUCUGGGUGCCGCACUGACCACACGCUAGGCACAGACCUGGGUUGGUAUAUGGCCAUCGACACCCACCAAGGGAAGGAGGUGUCCACAGCUGCCCUUCGCUCACCCCACCUGCACGAGGCAGCCGCCUCCUGCCAAGUCCAUCUCUGGUUCUAUGCGGCCUCAGGAGAUGUGGCUGAGCUCAGGCUAGAGCUGACCCAUGGCUCUGAGACCCUGGUCCUGUGGCACAGCUCAGGACCUUGGAGCCCUGGCUGGCAGGAACUGGUGGUGGCCACAGGGCGCAUUGCGGGCAGCUUCCAGGUGACUUUCUCGGCCACCCGAAACGCCACCCACAGAGGCACCAUGGCCUUGGACGACGUGGCGUUUUGGAACUGUGGGCUGCCCACCCCCAGGGCCAGCUGCCCUCUGGGCCAGCACCAGUGCCGGAACAAGGCCUGCGUGGAGCUCCACCAGCUGUGUGAUGCUGAAGACAACUGUGGCGACCACUCAGACGAGGACUCGGCCACCUGCAGUCACCACACAGCCACUGACUUCGAGACUGGCCUGGGUCUGUGGAAUCGCUCAGAGGGGUGGUCCCGGAACCAUGGUGCUGGAGGCUUGCAACACUGUACCUGGCCUUGCCGAGACCACAGCCUCAACAGUGCCAAGGGCUCGUUCCUGAUCUCUGCGGCUGAGCCCAACACCCCUGCUGUUCUCUCCAGCCCCCAGCUCGAAGCCUCAGGUGCCCACAACUGCACACUGGUCUUCUAUCUCUACCUACACGGCUCUGAGGCUGGCAGCCUGCAGCUGUUCCUGCAGCCUCAGGCCCCAGGGGGCCCCCAGGACCCCAUCCUGCUGCGGAGCCACCAUGGGGACCUGGGGGACUUCUGGGUCCGUGACCGGGUGGACAUCUGGAACACACACCCCUUCCAGAUCCUGCUGCGCGGGCAGACGGGCCCGAGAGGUGCCGUGGGCCUGGACGACCUCGUCCUGUCCGCUGGCUGCACACUGGCUCCCGGUAUGUCCGGCCUGCAGAUGCCACUGUCAAAGCACCCCACCUCGGGCCCCAUCUCCUCGCCCCAAACCUCCUGUGAGCCCGGGCACCUCUCCUGUGGGGACCUGUGCGUGCCCCCCGAGCAGCUGUGCGACUUCCAGGAGCAGUGCGUGGGGGGUCAGGAUGAGCAGUGGUGCGGAACCACGGACUUCGAGACCUCCACUGGGGGCUGGGAGGACGUGAGCGUGGGACGCCUGCAGUGGCAGCAGCUGGAUGCCCCAGACGCAGUUAACUCAGCUGCAUCCCCUCCUGCUCCUUCCCCAGGGCACUUUCUGUCGCUGCAGAGGGCCUGGGGGCAGCUAGCACCAAUCGCCCGGGUCCUCACCCCAACCCUGGGCCCCUCAGGCCCCACCUGUGAGCUGCACAUGGCCUACCAAUUCCAGAGUCACCCCCAAGGUCUGCUGGCACUGGUGGUCGUGGAGGGCGGCACCCGGGAGCUGGUAUGGCGUGCUCCGGGCAGCAGUGCUGGCCACUGGAUAGUGCACACAGUCUCUCUUGGGGCCAGACGCCGGCCCUUCUGGCUGGAGUUUGUUGGUCUGGUGGACCUGGAUGGCCCUGGGCAGCAGGCCGCUGGUGUGGACAACGUGACCCUGAGGGGCUGCAGCCCCACGGCCACCACAGACAAGGACAGAGAAGUAUCCUGUAACUUCGAGAGGGACUCCUGCGCGUGGCACACUAGCCACCUCACAGGGGCCCACUGGCGACGAGUUGAGAGUGGUGGGCCAAGCUAUGACCACACCACUGGCCGAGGUCACUUUAUGCUUCUGGACCCCACUGAGCCCCUGGCCCGGGGCCCUGGUGCCCACCUGCUCACCAGGCUACAGACACCAACAACACUGACCCAGUGCUUGUCUUUUUGGUACCAUCUUCACGGACCCCAGAUUGGGACCCUGCGCCUGGCCAUGUGGCAGGAGGGGGUGGAAAAGACUGUGCUGUGGUCACGUUCUGGCUCCCAUGGCAACCAAUGGCAUCAGGCCUGGGCCACCCUCACCCACCAGCCGGAUUCUAAGUACCAGCUGCUGUUCGAGGGUCUGAGAGACGGCUUCCGGGGCACCAUGGGGCUGGAUGAUAUCACCGUGAGACCUGGCCCCUGUUGGGCCCCCAGGCGCUGCUCCUUCGAGAACUCGGCUUGCGGCUUCACCACUGGCGGUCAGGGCCUCUGGAGGCGCCAGGCCAGUGCCACAGGCCAGGCCAUAAGAGGUCCCCACACAGACCACACCACUGGAACAGAACAAGGGUACUACAUGGUAGUGGACAUGAGCCCUCAGGCCAUGUCUGGUGGACAUGUGGCCUCCUUGACCUCUGAGGAGCAUAGGCCCCUGGCCCAGGCCUCCUGCCUGACCUUCUGGUACCACUUGAGCCUCCAAAACCCAGGCACCUUGAGGGUCCAUGUGGAGGAGGGCGCUCGGCGGCAAGUCCUUAGUGUCGGAGGCCAUGGCGGGGCAGCCUGGCACCUGGGCAGCGUGGACGUGCAGGCUGAGAGGGCCUGGAGGGUGGUGUUUGAGGCCGAGGCUUCAGGCACGGAGCAUGCAUACAUCGCAGUGGACGACCUGUUCCUUAAGGAUGGGCCCUGCCCGCUGCCAGGGUCCUGUGAUUUUGAGUCCGGCCUGUGUGGCUGGAGCCACCUACCAGGGGCCGGCCUGGGCCAGUACAGCUGGGACUGGAGCAGCGGGGCCACACCAUCCCGCUACGUCCAGCCAGCUGUGGAUCACACCCUGGGGACUGAGGCAGGCCACUUUGUCUACUUUGAAACGGGUGUGCUGGGCCCCGGGGGCCGGGCAGCCUGGCUGCACAGUGAGCCCCUGCCGGCCACCAAAGGCUCCUGUCUCCGCUUCUGGUAUCACAUGGGCUUCCCGGAGCACUUUUACAAGGGGGAGCUGAGGGUCCUGGUGAGCAGCAGCAGGGGGCAGCUGGCUGUGUGGAGUGCAGGGGGGCACCAGAGGAACCAGUGGCUGAAAGGGCAGGUGGAGGUGACCAGCCCCGAGGAGUUCCAGGUUGUGUUUGAAGCCACCCUGGGGGGCCAGCCAACCCUGGGGCCCAUUGCCCUGGACGACAUAGAGUACUUGGCUGGGAGGUCCUGCCAGGUACCAGCACCCAGCCAAGGGGACAAGUCCACACCCGUGUCUGUGCCCGCUGUGGUCGGUGGCGCCCUCCUCUUCCUCCUGCUUAUGGGGCUGCUUGGACUUGCGGGGAGACAAUGGCUCCAGAAGAGAGGGGGCUGUCCCUUCCAGGAGCGGGGGGACACGAGGGCUGCACCCGGCUUUAGCAACAUUCUCUUCAAUGCGGACCGAGUCACGCUCCCAGCUCCUGUCACCAGUGACCAGUAG